AUGGACGUCCCAAGUGCUCCAGAGGGAAUGAACUACUCUCCAAAGAGGCUCAUUGUAUGCUGCGAUGGCACAUGGAUGAACUCGGAGAGCGGCUACAUUAAGCCGACGCUCUUCAAGCCCAAAGGCGGGCUCCAGAUCCCCUCGAACGUGACCCGCAUCUCGAGAUGUUUUCGCCGAAAGUGCAGCGACGGUCGUGUGCAGGUCAUCGAGUACGAGUCCGGCGUCGGCACGGGCUCCAACGCCCUCGACGCCCUCACCGGCGGUGCAUUCGGCCUCGGCCUGUCGGAGCGCGUCCGCCAGGUCUACAGCUUCCUGUGCGCCAACUACUGCGACGGCGACGAGAUCAUCCUCAUCGGCUUCUCGCGCGGCGCGUACACCGUCCGCUCCGUGGCUGGCAUGAUUGCCGACCUGGGCCUGCUGACCCGCGAGGGCGUCGAGCACUUUUACCCCAUCUUCAAGGACAUGGAGAACUGGAUGAAUGACAAGUACAAGGACGAGUUCCCGAACCUGCCGUUUGAGCACAAGCCCAAGGGCGAAGACGCGGCGGAGAAGUACAGGGCCAAGCUGGAGAAGCGUGGCAUGACCCGUGUUCGGCAGCAGGAGGGAAAGGGAGAAAUCAUCAAGGUCAAGGCAGUCGCCGUUUGGGACACCGUUGGCAGCCUCGGCAUCCCCCAAAUCGCCUGGUUGAACAAGCUCGGCAUCUACGCAUCCAACGAGGAGUACAGAUUCUGGGACACUGCCCUGUCAGACAGGAUCGAGCACGCCUUCCAAGCUCUCGCGCUCGACGAGACCCGCUACUCUUUCCAGCCCGCGGUAUGGGAACGUCUGGAAGCCAACAGAUUGUCUACGGAUCUCCGCCAAGUUUGGUUUCCUGGCAACCACUCCAACUGCGGGGGCGGCUGGGCCGAUCAGGGCAUGGCCAACAUCACUCUUGCCUGGAUGAUGGAUCAGCUCGCGUCGAUUGGUGUCGAGUUUAACCACCGCGCACUCGAGCGCUGCGUGAGCCAGUCAAAGUCGUUCUACAUUGCGCAGCAGAAGAAGAACAAGGGCAAGCAGUGGGCCCGCGAACCCAUUUACAGCUCAAACCAUCCCCUCCGACCUUGGGGCCUGGGCGCUAUCCAGAAGACGACCAGUCUGUUGUACAGUCUUGCCGGAAAGAUUAAUCGGUCGCCUGGGCGGUACCGGCAAGUCAACGCAAAGACAGAGGUACGAGACGGACCAUUUCUGAAGGACACAAACGAACGUAUCCACUCCUCUGCCCGCAUUCGUCUGGCCUGCGAGGGUCUCGGUCUCAACGACAAACUUCCAUGGGAUAAUGCCGCUCUCAAGAAGCAUUGGAAGCUCGUCCUCUCACAAAAGGACUACCACGACCCCGUCCCUAACCACCCUGACUGGGAGCCGCAGGAGCACAGAGAGAACUGUAGCAUUCAACACCCGUCUGAGUGCAAGGAUGGUCGCUGGGUCUGGGAGUAUUCUGGUCCGUCGAAGAACGCACCGCUCUGCAAGGUCAUGGUCGAGGAGCCGCUGGGGCCGUACGAGCGGCACUUGUUGAGGCUGACGGGUGGCGAUCCCAGUGUGUACAAGUGGGCUCACGAGAACCCCAUGUAA